AUGAAAAUGGACUGGCAACCGACACAAGACGGGCUGGACCAAAUACUUCAGCUGCUUCGGCAGUCCCAAUCAACAGAUGUACAGACGCAGAAUCAUGUCCAACAAAGGCUAGAAGAGCUGAACCAGUUUAACGACUUUAACAACUAUUUAGUCUUUGUGCUUUCACGUAUGCGCAACGAAGAUGAACACACGAGAUCUCUCAGCGGACUCAUCUUGAAGAACAACAUCAAGGGUCGGUACAGUCAGUUGCCGAGAGAAGUCAUCGACUACGUCAAGGCGGAGAGCUUAACAUGCAUAGGCGACCCUUCCUCACUGAUCCGCGCCACGGUGGGAAUCCUGAUUACCUCCAUCGUCUCACAAGGAGAACUGACAACAUGGCCUGAGCUUUUCGAUAUUCUACUGAAAAAGAUGGACUCGGAAGAUUAUUACGAAUGUGAAGGUGCUUUUAGUAUUCUACAAAAAGUCUGUGAAGAUAGCGCUGAAAUGCUCGACUCUGAGGCGUUUCGUCGUCCACUGAAUCUGCUCAUUCCAAAGUUUCUUCAAUUUUUCAACCACCAGAGCAGCAAAAUACGAUCUUAUGCUCUUUCUUGCAUCAACAACUUCAUAAUGAAUCGCACGCAAAUACUGAUGACCUAUGUUGACCACUUUAUCGAAGGGCUGUUUAAACUGGCAGCUGACACCGAUUGUCUCGUGCGGCAAAACGUUUGCAAGGCAUUUGUUUUGCUUGUUGAAGUCCGGAUGGAUAGACUGAUACCACAUAUUCAUCUGAUUAUCGAGUUUAUGCUUCUCAGCACCCAAGACAAUGACAUCAACGUGGCUCUAGAUGCUUGCGAGUUUUGGUUGACGCUCGCAGAGCAGCCCAUCUGCCGAGAAGUUCUUACGCCCCAUCUCUCUCGACUAGUUCCCAUUUUAAUGCAAAAGAUGAAAUAUUCCGAACUUGAUAUUGCACUCCUCAAGGGUGAUGUGGAGGAGGACGAGAUGAUUCCCGACAAAGAGGAGGACAUUAAGCCGCGCUUCUACCGGGGGAAAACACACGCUCGAAUGGACGACAGUGAGAACAAUGAGGCCAACUCUGAUGAUGAGGAGGACGACGACGAUUGCGACGGUGGCAACAGCGAGUGGAAUCUGCGCAAGUGUUCCGCGGCGGCACUGGACUUGCUGGCCAAUGUCUUUCACGAUGAUCUGCUGCCGGUGGUGUUGUUGAUUCUCCGCGAGACGCUCUUUCACCAAGACUGGAUCACCAAGGAGGCAGCCGUCCUGGCGCUGGGCGCCAUUGCCGAAGGCUGCAUGCUGGGCAUCAUCCAGCACCUCCACGAGCUAAUACCCUACCUGAUUCAGUGUCUGAAUGACAAAAAGGCGCUGGUCAGGUCCAUCACUUGUUGGACGCUGAGUCGAUAUUCUCACUGGGUUGUUCAGCAGAACCACGAUAGCUAUCUCAAACCUUUAAUGACUGAGCUUUUGAAACGCAUUUUAGAUUCAAAUAAAAGGGUCCAGGAAGCUGCUUGCAGCGCGUUUGCCACUCUUGAGGAAGAAGCAGGUACGGAUUUGGUUCCCUACCUCGAGUACAUUCUCAAGACACUAGUCUGUGCGUUCGGCAAAUACCAGCACAAAAAUCUUUUGAUUCUCUACGACGCAAUCGGGACGCUGGCAGACUCUGUAGGCCACAACCUGAAUAAACCCGACUAUAUUGAACUGCUGAUGCCACCACUGAUUCAAAAGUGGAACUCUCUAAACGACUAUGAUAAAGACUUGUUUCCACUACUUGAAUGCUUCUCCAGCGUAGCUACAGCCCUUCAAACGGGAUUUUUGCCCUACUGUGAGCCCGUGUACAACCGUUGCCUAUCGCUGGUUGAACAGACCCUCAAGUUUAACACGAUGUUUCUUGAAAACCAAGAACAGUACGAUCCACCAAACAAAGAUUUUCUCAUUGUGGCCCUUGAUGUCCUGAGUGGCCUAGCGGAAGGCCUUGUCGAACAUAUGAAUCCCCUCAUCGCCAAGAGCAGCAUAAUGUCUUUGCUCUACCAGUGUAUCAAGGACCCAAUGCCCGAGGUUAGGCAAAGCUCAUUUGCACUGUUGGGCGAGCUAACCAAAGCCAGCUUUGUGCAUGUUGAGCCCUGUGUCAACGAGUACAUGCCCAUUCUGGCGCAAAACUUGAAGCCUGAGUUCAUCUCUGUUUGCAACAAUGCUACCUGGGCAAUUGGAGAAAUAUCCGUCAAAUACAAACAACAAAUGCAACCUUACAUUACGAUAAUUUUGCCCCAACUUGUGAUUAACCUCAAUCAAGCCGACACACCAAAGACGCUGCUCGAAAACACUGCAAUCACGAUUGGUCGUCUUGGACUCGUAUGUCCCAAAGAAGUUGCGCCUCACCUGCAACAGUUUAUCCGACCAUGGUGCUCUUCGCUGCGCAAUAUUCGUGACAAUGAAGAAAAGGACUCUGCGUUUCGCGGCAUUUGCAGUAUGAUUAGCGUAAACCCAUCUGGGGUCAUUCAAGAUUUCAUAUACUUUUGUGAUGCGGUUGCUUCUUGGAAUAAUCCAAAAGACGACUUGAAAAACAUGUUUCUUGAGAUUUUGCAUGGCGUGAAAAACCAAGUCGGCGAAGAAAGCUGGCGUGCUUUCUCUGAACAAUUUCCUCCGAUGCUAAAAGAACGACUCGUCAAUCAAUAUGGAAUUUAG